AUGAGAAGCGACUCAGACUCCAAGAGACACAGAGACACAGAAACACAGAAACACAGCAGUGGAAGUACAACAGCAGGGAUGUCAAACAUGCGGCCCGUGGGCCAGAACCCGGCCCGCCGAGCCGCUGAAGGCCAGGUGCUGACGUCAGCUCAUCUGAUCUACAUGGGCAGUCAGGUGGCGGAGGGCAUGGCCUACCUGGAGGACAGAAACAUCGUCCACAGAGACCUGGCAGCCAGAAACAUCCUGGUGGGAGACGAUCUGGUCUGCAAGGUGGCCGACUUCGGACUGGCUCGCAUUAUUAAGGACAGCGUAUACACAGCCAGUCGGAGCACAAAGAUCCCGGUUCGAUGGACGGCUCCCGAGGCGGCCAUCUAUCAACGGUUUUCAGUCAAAUCAGACGUCUGGUCGUUCGGCGUGCUGCUCUACGAGAUGAUGUCACGGGGCAAAAUGCCUUACGAAGGAAAAAGCAAUAAGGAAGUGUUGGACCUGCUGUCGUCGGGGUUUCGGCUGCCGUGUCCGACUCGCUGCCCCACCAACAUUUACCGCAUCAUGAUGGACUGCUGGGCCGCCGAGCCCUCCAAGAGACCCUCGUUCCACGCUCUGCACAGCCAGCUGGACACCAUAUACGCCAGGAUAUAUUUCAAGACCAUAGAGGUGUAG